AUUGGGGGCGGUCCGGACGAUUCGGAGGAGGAGUACGAUGCGCUGAACGAUGAGACGUUUGGGCAGGCACGGGAGGGGGACUGGGAGGAGCUGCACGAGGAUCCGCCGGUCCGGUUGGAUCAGCGGGAGGGUGGGGAUGGCGAUUCGGGGCCGGAUUCGGACUUGGAUAUGAACUUUUCCAGCGUUCGGAUUGACAACUUGGAGCUGGACGAUGAUAACGAGUCGGAGGCGAGGUUGCAGCUGGAUCCGAGCGUGUGGACGAUGCCGAGCAAGCCGGAGACGCCGCGGCCGCAGUUGCCACAUCCGGCGAUGCAGCAGCACCAUCCGCAGAGUGGCCCCUUUGUCGGUCUUCCGCCCAACUUCCCGCUGCCGAAUCAGGCUCAGAUGCGCAUCUGUUCGGUGGAGGAGAUCGAGCAGAACAUGAUCAAGCAGCAGGCGCAGCACUCGAUGCCGCCGGAGGUUCCCCAGCAGCUGCCGCCGUUUCAUCUUCCGGGCAUGGGACUGCCUCGUCCGCCGCCCGGAUUUCCCGGCAUGAUGAAUCACCAGCCGCCGUUGACGAUUCCGGUGAACUUUCCGCCGCCGUUGAACAUGGUUCCCCCGUUGCCACCGUUGCACCUGCUCCAGACGAACGUUCCGCCGCCGUUUCCGAUGAAUGUGCCGCCGCCGAAUUUCCCCGGAGGUGAGAGCCACGCGAAUUUCAACCAACGGCUGGUUCAGGAGAUUCAGCAAAACCAUCCGAUGCUGAACCAGCACCGUCAACACCAGCAACAGGGUCAGAAUCGCUACCAGCAGCAGCACAAUAAUCGGCAGAACUACCACCAGAACCAGCAGCAGAUGCAGCAUCACCGUGGCAAGCUGAACCGGUCGGGCGAGUACGACGAGUACGCGAACCUGAUGAGCGAACGGGACAAGCAGUGGCUGCUGGCCUUUGUACUUAACGCCCAAUACCCACCUGAUGCCAAACCCAUGUGGACGUUCAUCCAUAAGCAUGCGUAUGGCCUGGUUUUUGACAACGAUACAAAAUACGCCUGCGUUGUAAGCCCCUUGCAUAUUUAUCUAAACCUCCCGCUAAGUAAUUUCUAUCGUAUUGUAUUUAUUGUGAAGAUUGUGAAUUAUUUAUUUAUUUUUAAUGUGUAAAUUUAUGCUUUGACUGAAUAUAUUGUCCUAUAAUUUGAUCUAUUGAUUGAGUUUUUAUUUAAUAAGUAAAGAAAGUAAAGCAAUAACUUUACU